UGGGGGGGGGGGGAAAAAAAAAGGCCGGGAAGAAGCUCCACUUCCUAAAACACAGAUAAUUUCCUUCUUUACUCAAAGUAUUAUUAAAUUGUCAACAACAUAUAAACUUUAAUAAGUUGUACAUGGUAAAAGUUUACAUGAACCCAAUUCUUGCCUUCCAGGAAAUUAAAAUCCCCAAACCAAAUGAAUAAACAUUAAAGUGAAAAUAAUGGCCGGGUGCGGUGGCUCACGCCUGUAAUCCCAGCACUUUGGGAAGUUGACGCGGGCAGGUCACGAGUUCAAGAGAUCAAGACCAUCGUGGCCAACAUGGUGAAAUCCCUUAUCUACUAAAAAUACAAAAAUUAGCUGGGCGUGGUGGUGCGCGUCUGGAGUCCUAGCUACUCAGUAGGCUGAGGCAGGAGAAUCACCUGAACCGGGGAGGCAGACAUGGUGCUACUGCACUCCAGCCUGGUGACAGAGAGACUCUGUCCCCCCCCAAAAUAAAGUGAAAAUAAUAAAAGCACUUACACAACAUAGUACUUUAGGAUACCUGAUUAAGAUGUAUUAUCUCACUUUUGAGCUCACAGUGAUAAUUUUAUUUAUCGUCUCCCUUCAAAGUCUCUAAUUUGGUUGGGCGCAGUAGCUCAUGCCUGUAAUCCUAGACCUUUGGGAAAAUGAGGAAGGAGGAUCGCUUGAAACUAGGAGUUUGAGACCAGCCUGGGCAACAAAGCGAGACCCCGUAUCUACCUUUUCCUUUUGUCCUUUUAACAAACUUUUUAUUAAUUUUUAAUUUUUGUAUUUUUAGUAGAGACAGGGGUUCACCAUGUUAGUCAGAUUAGUCUUGAACCCCUGACCUUGUGAUCCGCCUGCCUCGGCCUCACAAAGUGCUGGGAUUACAGGUGUGAGCCACUGAGCCUGGCCACCCUUUUCUUUUACACUGUAUUUUGGGCUUAUUUUCCUUACUCUGGUGUUAAAGUAUCUAUAAUAUGUGGCAUGGUAGUGGAGGUAUAGAAUAUUCUAAGUAAAAAUUUUAAAUAAAUUAUCGGGUAAUAAUUCAGUUGGAUUUUGCUCUUACAAUUUUCUCCAAUCUCAUGUAAACAAAAAGUAGCGGCCUGGCGCAGUGGCUCAUGCCUGUAAUCCCAGCUACUUCGGAGGCUGAGGCAGGAAAAUCGCUUGAACCUGGGAGGCAGAGGUUGCAAUGAACUGAGAUCGCAUCACUGAGCUCCAGCCUGGGCGACAGAGCAAGACUCUGUCUCAAAAAACCAAACAGAACCAAACCAAACCAAAACAGAGUGGUCUUUUCUGAGGAUCCGGCAAGAACGGCAGAGGUAAAGCAGAAGAAGCAGACCUUCUGCAAGUUCACCUACCACGGCGUGAACGUGCACCAGCUGCUGGACAUGCCCUACGAGCAGCUGAUGCAGCUGUACAGGGGGCGCCAGCGGCAGCAGCUGAACCCGGGCCUGCGGCGGAAGCAGCACUUGCUGCUGAAGCGCCUGCGCAAGGCCACGAAGGCGGAACCGCUCAUGGAGAAGCCGGAAGUGGCGAAGGCGGAAGUGUUCCCGCGCCGACCGGACGUGAUCAUCCCGUCCCAGAUGGUGGGCAGUAUGGUGGGCGUCUACAACGGCAAGACCUUCAGCCACGUGGAGAUCAAGCCGGAGAUGAUCGGCCACUACCUGGCUCUUACCAAUGGUGGAUUCCAUCCUCAACCCCACAAAUAUUUUCCAGUCAUCUCAGUUAUUUAUGCUGGCAGAGCCAGAGAUGUCUCUUCUUAUUCACCAGCUACUCAGGUAAUAAUGCUCCAGGAAGGCAAAGCAUCAAGAAUGUACACUGGUAAACGGCAUUGACAAUGUUUCCUGCAAACACUCCUUUGAAAACAAAGGGGCAGAAAAAGGAAGAAAGAAGGGUCGUCUCUUGAUAAUCAGAAGCACAAGCAAAAGAAAAAACAUGAGACCCAGGAUGUACUCGUACUGGGCACCAAGUCUCUCAACAGAACAUGGUGAAGCUUAGACAUUAUAAAUGGAUGCUCUUUUUUUUUUUGAGUUGGAGUCUUACUCUGUCUCCCAGGCUGGAGUGCAGUGGCAUAACUUUGGCUCACUGCAAACUCCAUCUCCCAGGUUCAAGCGAUUCUCAUGCCUUAGCCUCCAGAGUAGAUGGAAUUACAGGUAUGCAACACCAUGCCCAGCUAAAUUCUGUAUUUUUAGUAGAGAUAGGGCUUUACCUUGCUGGCCAGGUUGGUCUCAAACUCCUGACCUUAGGUGAUCUGCCUGCCUUGGCCUCUCAAAGUGCUGGGAUUACAGGCAUGAACUACCACGCCCAGACACAUAUGUAUUUUUUGAAGAACUUUAAUGAUGAAAUUUUCCUUAAUGAAAGCUACAGUGUUUAUCCAGAUUAUGGAUUCUCUUGUCUUAAUUCCAAUCUUUAAAUUCUAUAAAAAUAAUAUCUCAUAUAUGAAAAGAUACUCAAUGUACAUCCUUAGUCAUUAGGAAAACGCAAAUCAAAACUGUAAUGAUACCACUUCACACCUGCUAAGAUUGCUAAAAAAAUUUUUUUAAAGACAAUAACAAGUGUUGGUAACAAUGUGGAGAAAUUAUAACCUCACAAGUUGCUGGAGGGAAUCUAAAAUAGUGCAGUCACUUUGUAAAACCCUUGUAUCGGGUUAAAUAUAGAGUUAAGAUACCAUAUAACCCAGUGAUUCUACUCCUAAAUAUUAUAUCCAAAUAUUAUAACUGAAAACAUGUAACAAAAAUUUGUACACAAAUGUUCAUAGAAGCACUAUAUAUAAUAACCAAAAAUAGAAAAGAACCCAAAUGUCCACCAACUGAUAAAAAAUUUUUAAAUGUGCCAUAUUCGUAUUUAGCCACAAAAGGCAUGAAGUAUAUGAAAAAAAAUAAGUAUAUGCUAUAACAUGGAUGAAGCUUGAAAGCAUUAUACUAAGUAAAAAAAGCCAGUUACAAAUGGCUGCAUAUUACGAUUCCAUUUAUAUGUAAUGUCUAGAAGGUAAAUCCAGAGGCAGUGAAUACAUUAAUGGCUGCUUGGGGAUGAGGAAAGGGGGAAAUCAGGAGUGACUGCAAAUGGUACAGGGUUUCUUUUUGGGGUGAUAAAAAUAUUCCAAAACUAGAUAGUGGUGAUAGUUGUACAAAUGUGAGUACACUAAAAACCACUAAACUCUACACUUUAAAAUGGUAAAGGUUAUGAUAUGAAAAUUAUAUCUUAAAACUGUUAAAUGGUUAAUAACCACAAAUAUUAAUCAUAUUUUUUCUUUUUAAUCCUGUAAACUAACAAGCAGAGAGAAUCAUAUUUUAGAUUUUAUUCUGAUCAACUUUAAACACUCACCUCAUUCUUUCCAUUUUUGUUAUUAUUACCCUGUGAAAUCAUUUUUUCUAGAACAGCAAGAAGAUGCAAAGCUUUCUCAGCCUGGUAGGUUAAUAUAUACAGGUCUACAAGCAAAAAACACACUGCUUGGGCAAAUUUUUCUUC